UUGAACUUGAAAACUUGCUGUCAGAUCGGCGUGGUCGAAUUUUGCCAAAUUCCACGUGAAAUUAUCACAUUGAAUUUGCUUAAGACGCCGUAAUUCAAUCGCUGAAGUACAACAAGAAUGUGACAGGAAUCUAKCUAAAUAUUCGUGGAAAAAAGCUUGUUUUUUUGCUUGGAAAACUCAACGGUUGGAGAGCGCAAAAAUGGCCGCUCCGGGAAAACGAACCUGGAAACUUCAAGAGUUUGUUGCCCAUGGAUCCAAUGUCAACUGCCUUGCACUGGGUCCWAGUUCAGGCAGGGUGAUGGUGACAGGCGGGGAGGAUCGUAAGGUUAAUAUGUGGGCCAUUGGYAAACCAAAUGUUAUAAUGAGCUUGUCUGGUCACACAAGCCCCGUUGAAUGUGUUCAGUUUAAUGGUGGAGARGACAUGGUUUUAGCAGGGUCGCAGUCUGGAACUCUUAAAAUAUGGGAUCUAGAGGCUGCCAAAAUUCUCAGAACUCUUACAGGSCAUAAAAGCAGUAUAAGAAGUCUUGACUUCCAUCCAUAUGGUGACUUUGUGGCCUCUGGAUCYUUAGAUACUAAUUUAAAGUUAUGGGAUGUCAGAAGAAAAGGGUGUAUAUUUACAUAUAAAGGUCAUACAGAUUGUGUGAAUAGUUUAAAAUUUAGUCCUGAUGGCAGAUGGAUAAUAUCGUCAGGAGAAGAUGGAUCWGCUAAGUUAUGGGAUCUGACGGCAGGAAAACUUAUUAAUGACUUUAAAGAUCACACCGGUCCGGUUAACUGUGCUGAAUUCCAUCCUAAAGAGUUCCUUUUAGCUACUGGUAGUAAUGAUAGAACKGUGAAGUUUUGGGAUCUUGAAACAUUCCAAAUUGUAUCGACUACUGAAAUUGAAACGUGUCCAAUAAGAUGUUUAAAAUUCCACUCAGAUGGAUUGGSUUUGUUCAGCGGAGCACAAGAUUCUCUAAAGAUAUAUGGAUGGGAACCUGUCAAGUGUUACGAAAGCUUCCCUCUAGGGUGGGGUAAGGUUGCUGAUCUCUCCUUGUCCUCUAAUCAAAUGAUUGGUGCUGGAUUCUAUCAGACCAAUGUSUCUGUAUGGGUAGUAGAUCUUGGGCAUUUAGAAAAUCUUAUGGCAAAGGCUAACGAAGAAAAGUCAGAUAUAGGAAUAAACCAAGGGCAAAUACCACCAGAAUGUGCUCCAGUUAUUGAGCAGUUGCCUGCUAAAGUCACGUCUAAAACACCACCUAGAAAGGCUUUCAAUACUAAUAGACUCCAACACAAAAACCUAAUAUUAGUAAAGCACCRCCCAAACCUGAACCACCAAAGCCUGAGCCACCAAUAGUUUUAGCACAAACCAAGAACAUUGUACCAUCAGAAAGAAAUAGACCUGCUGGACUUCAYAUGUCAGACUUUUUACCACCCAAUCCUGUUGCUCCUGAACCAGAACCUUACAAAGAUAACAACUUUACACCCCCUGUACCACAGUUAUCUGAAUCAGARUCAUUAAAUAUGUUAAGUAAAAGUCAUAUGUCAAUCUUGUCAAUUAUGAGUGCAAGGCARAGAAAUCUCUCUGUUAUUGCAAAAUAUUGGGGAGAUGGCGAAAUCAAGUCGGCCAUACAGACUGCUGUCAAUAUGAAUGAUUCAGCCAUAUUAGUAGAUGUACUCAAUGUCCUUUGCUUAAAACAGACUCUUUGGAAUUUGGAUAUUUGUUUGAUCAUUUUGCCUCAAUUAAAAGACUUGUUCAUCAGUAAAUAUGAAAGUUAUGCUCAAGCAGCAGCGUCUGCACUGAAGUUGAUUCUGAGAAACUUUGCACCAGUUAUUAAAAGCAACAUGUCUGCUCCUCCUGACUCCAUUGGGGUUGAUUUAGUUAGGGAAGAGCGAUAUAACAAGUGUCAAGCUUGCCAUGCCCACCUUCGAUCUCUCAAAACUGUAAUAUCCAACAAGACAGCCUUGACUGGUAAAAUGGGAAGUCUGUUUCGGGAGCUCUCAUUAGCAUUCUCUGCAGUGGACUAAUAACAAUAUUCMAAACUGACGGUAGUGUUGACUUUAAGAAGACAGGUUAGAAAUCUUGGUAAAAUGUGAAUUGUCAAGUGCAGGAGAAAUGGAGAUGUGUUAUGGGUUUUCAAAUGUUUAGUCUCUGAGUCAAGAAUGAAUGACUAUCAAAUUCAAGUGCAUUAAAAGGCUCAAAAAUAGCGAACAAGAGUUGCUUUGCUUGGGACGGUGAGCAAAACUACCUAGGUGGAGAGUUUUAGCAAUGAAUUAGUAGCAAAUUACAACAAAUUACUGAUUCCUCUUACAGAUUUUCUUAUAGUUAAAACUCUUGUGGUUUGGUUUAUUACUGGUAGUUUUUUUACUAGCUUUUCAUUUAGAAUGAGAUAGAGCAUUGAAAAAGCACAAUCUAUUCAACUUAAAGAAAAAAAAUCAGUUGACUAUCAUCUUAAGGGCACUUUUGAAUUUGAGAAAACCAAAUUGUAUUGACUUAUGAUCCCAAUAGUAUCAUUACGAGUAAAACAUCAAAUUGCAUUAUUGCUCAUACUGGCUUACAGAUUUGCAAAAAUGGUGGUGUUUUUUUAGCUAAAACUCUCUAGUAUUUCUUAUUGGAAAGUCCUCUAUCUUCAAAGAAAGUGGUUUGUGUUCUCUGGAAGGACAAUAAUUGUGUUAUUCAAUCAACAAAUAAUGUAAUAUUAAUUUUAUAAAAUAUUGACACCUUUGUUAACUCGAGCAUCGGUGGUAGUCUGUUGUGUUGACUUGUGCACUAGUGUAGCGUAUGUAAUGUAUGUGGAUAGUUUAUUUUUUGUGGCAAUUCUGCAAAUGAUAUUUAUGAAUGACUACGCUGUAAGUAAGGUAAUUGCAACAAAUGAAAUAAACAAUUUCAGCUUUUAA